UUUUUCGAAUACGAAAUGCUGUUUAAUUAGAUAAUAUCGUCCUGUGCUCGAACAUUUUUUCCAGACUGACCAAUAGGAGCUCGGAAUGCGUUUCACUUUAAAAAUUUUUUCAUAAUCACAAAGUAGGCGAGCGUUGUCAAUUUGAAGUGUCAAUUUUGACACUUUAUACGAUUUUCGAGUUCUUUUUUGUGCGGUUUUUUAAAGUAACAACGAACAUGCAAUGAGAUCUAAUAAUGCCGGUAAAUCAGUCGCCGAAAAUUACCAUAAAUGAGGAUUACUUGGAUUUGCGGGAGCAGAGCGAGAGCUUCAAAAACCCUUUAAGGUCCGGUGCUGCUUGGAAGAGGAAAAAAUCGACCGGCGUAGCCCCGAAUUUGCCCAACGAAGGCCUGCAACACGAAAAAGAGCUGAUCGAUUACGGUUUAAGGAAGUUAGUUACCUCUUACAACAACAAUAAGAAAAGCUACGCUACAAAGAGAAAAAACUACGCUAAUCAUACCAAUAUAGGUUACGAACAAAAGGAUUACAUGAAAGCCCAAUCGGAGUUAUCUGUGCAUAAUAAUAGCGCGGUUUCCUCGAAUAAUUCCAGCACUUUCGCAAAAAAGAACAAGAAAGAUUGCGAAUUAGAUUACACACACAAAACGUCCCAAAAACGUUCCUAUUCGAAAUCGAAAGACGACAAUAUUGACACCGAAGUUGGUACUAUAGACGGAAUUAAUACCUACAGAACGGCAGAGAAUACCGAUGCCCGUUUGAAAGACAAGUAUACAAUUUUGAGGAAAACUCCGACGUGGAAACGAUCGUGGACGAUUCCGGUGUUCGCUUCGAAAUACAAUUUAACCAACGAUAAGGAACUACCCUCCGAUAGACAAACGUAUCUGUACGACGAUAACAGCGAAAUGGACUCUUCCUACGUGGAAACGAGGCAGGGGAGUUUCGCGAAAAACAAAGUUCCGAACCAACUGAUAGCGGUUUUGUUCGCUUUGGGAGCGGCCUGCGGCAUUUUCCUCGCCUCCGUGUUGAUAUAUCUGAUAUUCGGCAACAAUUUGGUGCAAAUGUUCUUCGAACCGAAGAAGAUCCCCGAGCGAGGCCCGAUGGAUUAUCUAAAACCUAUUUUAUACGCUAUAACUUCGUUUUUUAGUACCGUAGGAAGGAUUUUAUCACUACCAGCUGCGAGUGUAAACGAACCAUCGAGAACUAAAUUUCCACCCGAUCAAUACAUUUAAACUAUUAUACAAAUAAAUAAAUUAGUACAAG